AAAAAAAAGGGAUGCAGAGUCACACUUGUCAUUCAGACAGCUGCUGGGCCGGUCCCCAGACUCACGGCCACGGUGUUCAUUCCACACCCCUGUCGCCCUAGGCUCCUCUAUCUGAGAUGUGCAAACAAAUCCAGACAGGACCAGUCGGCAGCGUGUGCCGCGUGCUGCCUCCUGACCAGUCUGUGUGACACCAUCGGGGCGAUUCUGGCCAGACAGCUCACGAUCCAGGUUUUCACUGGCGCUUACCUAGCAGCUGUUGACUUGGCGAACUUCAUGUCCGUUCUGUUCCCGGUCUGUGGAUCCGAAUCCAGGUCCCGUGGAGGUCGGGCCACCAGAGAGAGGAAGAGGAGGCGGCGACUUCGGGCCAGCGUAUUUGCUCUGGCACUGCCGCUGAGCCUGGGUCCAGGCUGGGCUCUCUGGGUGGCUGUCCCAAAGGCUUCGGCCUCCAUCCGAGGGCCUCAGCGGAGGCUGCUGGGAAGCCUGCUGCAGGAGAACACGGAGAUUCUGGGUUACCUGCUGGGCGGCAUCGCUGCCUUCGGCUCCUGGGCUUCCCGGAUCCCUCCACUCUCCAGAAUCUGCCGAGGGAAGACGUUUCCCUCCAUCCACCUGUGGACCCGGUUCCUGUCGGCCCUGGCUGGUCUCCUCUAUGCCUCCGCCAUUGUGGCCCAUGACCGGCAGCCUGAGUACCUGCUGCGGGCCACACCCUGGUUCCUGACCUCCCUGGGCCGUGCUGCGCUGGACCUCGCUAUCAUUUUCCUGUCGUGUGUGAUGAAGAGCAAGAUGAGACGGGCCUUGGGCUUUGCCGCUGAAGCCAGAGAGGGCCCCGACACCCAAGCCCUUUUGACCUGUGCAGAGAAAGAGGAAGAAAAUCUGGAGGCGAGGACCGAGGACAAGAAUCCAGACUGGGUACCUCUGACCACGUUGUCACACUGCAAGUCGCUGAGGACGACGGCAGCAAUCAGCCGCUACAUGGAGCUGACCAUCGAGCCCGUGCAGCAGAAAGCAACAGAAAUGUCACCUUCUCCAGAGGCCUCUCCAGCCACGCAGGCAGGCUGCAGUGCCACCAGGCUACCCGGUGAUGGACAGACAAGCGCUGGAGACGCACCCCUGCAGGAGCCCCCCUCGUAUCCUCCCGUGCAGGUCAUCCGGGCCCGCGUGUCUUCCAGCAGCUCCUCCGAGGUCUCGUCCAUCAACUCCGACCUGGAGCAGAAGUACUGGGAGGCCCUAAACUCGGAGCAGUGGGACCCUGAAGACGUGAACUUGGGAGGGAGCAAAGACAGCGUGGAGAUGCUCAGACUCCAGGUGCACGGGGGCUCUUUGAGGCCAGUGGACUUGACGCCUAAUGCGUAACACCUUCUUGAGCCAGCCCAUCGCCCAGAGCCCCGAAUGAGACGUGUGUCAGUAACCGAGCGUGGGACAAGCUGCAGUGACACCCGCGGCAGGAAUUAAAGCUGCUGCAGGGGCGUCCCAGGAAAGUGAGGAACCAGGUCACCACAUGGCUGGUCCACAUCUCGGCUCAGAAUGAGCUCAGACUUUGGUCCCGUGGACAGACCAGCGUUGGUUCUGAAGACUCCAGGUUCACAGACAGUGCUUGCUUUGUAAAGGUAGAUCUUCAUCCAGCGGGCACGGGACCUUCAAUCCCUGCAGGUUGAGCUAUGAAUGGAGUACCUGCUCAGUGCCAGGAAUGAAUGCACCUAACCAAUAGCUAAUACGUCUGGGUAGAGCCAGUGCUGCCUCUGGGCCAGGAGACGAGAGGGAUGGGCCCACGUGCUGGGGCUGGGGUGCGGGGCAGGAGCACGUACACAAACUGACAGGACCUGGCUUCUGCCCUCCAGUCGCCCACUUGAACUAUCCGCUGGCAGUUAGAUAGGAUUGCUCCGUCGGCCAGUGUUCAUGAGGUCACUGCUGCCGCAGGGACAAGAAAAGCCAACCGCAGGUACCAGGACCUCCUCCAUCCGGGCAGGCUGUGUGCCCACAGAGCGUGCCGGUGCAGGGGGUCGUAUGCUUCAGGAGGUAGCUGAAAGCAGAGGUACUAGGUGUGGUGGGAGGUGCUAAAUCCAAGCCCAGAAUCCCCAUUUGAGAACUGUUUUGGAACUGUGAUCACCAGGGGAAGGCGAAGGGAGUGGGGCUAAGGUGGGAGCGAGCUCAAGUCAGUAACUGGGGAGAAGGCAAGCGUGUCCCCGGGAAGUGCAGCGGUAAGUCGCAUCCCAGCAGUCACAGAAGGCCUGAGACCUGGGAGAGACGCCGAGGAACACGCGGUCCUGGGUGCCCCCACAGCCUGUGUGACGCAGGGCAGCUGCCCGGUUUCUUGUCAGGACAGCGAGUCGCAGCAGCAUGAAGCGGGUGCCUUGGGAAAGCAGAGUGGUUCUGCAGGUCUCUGCCUAGGUCCUGACCCCUGCGUGACCUCUACACUACGAGUGAACUUAAAGCCACCUUUAAAUUCCCCUUAUUGCAACUGCUCUGGCCCCUGGCUGUCUUCUAGCCAGCUUGGCUUUGUGGUCUGAACCACUGAAACUCUACUUCGAGGGAAGAGGAAGAUUUGAAUGGAGGCGCAGGGUGGUUGUGGGAAGCACUGCAGAUGAGACCGUACGGAGGACAGGAAGAGGGAAGGACGCCACUUGGUCAAGGAAGGAGAAGGCCGACGUGGCCAGAGGGGCGGCGCAGCAUGGGUGGUAGCGGGUGGGAGAACAGGCUGGACAGGAACCCGACUAUGGAGACCAGGGAGCUGGUGCUGGAUUCUGUGGCCAGGUGGUAGCCAUGGAAGGUACCAGCGUAGGAAGGUGAUUGACCUCCCUCAGGCCACAGCUGACUGGUAUGUUUCAUCCCUAUGCCACAAUUUUUCAAGAAGCAGAAACAUCCAGUCAUGCUGUUCAGAGGGAACACGGAGAACGCAUGAGCACUGAGUGGUAAAAGCGGAGAAAGUUCAUCUUUAGAGAGGCAGAAGACAUGGAGAUAGGAUGACAUCUCUGGAGUCGGCCUUGAGCGCAUUCCUUUUUCCAGGGGAGGUUGAGUCAUGCUCCCCAGGAUCCCAGCAAUUGGUCAGACCCUGGUGAAGUGGCUGUUAACCCCAGAACAUCAAAUGAUCUUGCUGACUCGGAGUAGCACAACCUACUUGAGCUCCAGAUGUCUCCUUAGAUCCAUCACCUCUGCCUCCUCCCUUCGCAAACCAGUUCCUAUCAUCCUGGUCCUAGCUUGUCUCAAGGCUGAGUGGCACGUCUCUUCAUCCCCAGUGAACCACCAAACUGGGAUUUUUGGAAGCGGGCAUCAGUGGUGGUGGCCGAGCUGGCUGGAUCCCCAAGGCUGAUGACCCUGUUUGAGUCCCAGACCUGAUGACUUGAAACCACCAGGCCCGUGUGCGUAGGUGCCCAACAUUCUGAGAGAAGAGUGGAAGAAUAGGGAUUGAGAUAUGAUCAUCCCCCUGGGAGCAGGGAGGUGCUUUUUCACUUUCAUCUCUCCUCUGUCCUUACCAAUGAGUGGACACACCCUACAGCCAAACUAAAUAAAAAUAACACAAAGCACCAGAACUUUGGAACCCAAAUGCCUUUCUUCUAGUAGGAGCGAGCCUCCGUUGCAGCUUCAUCUCUGGCUAUCAGGCUGGGAGGGUAGUGGGAGGUACCUGCCU